AUGGCGGGCCCAGUACCCUUCGCAAAGUCUCUGGACCAAAUAUACCCAGAUAAUGCCCUCCCUUCUCAGGGUAAGAGAUGGAACAACCUCCUGAGCCAGUUCCAGUCCACCUAUGGCCAGCCUGCCGAGUUCGUCGCCCGGUCGCCCGGCCGUGUCAACAUUAUCGGCGAGCACAUCGACUACUCACUGUACUCGGUGCUGCCCAUGGCCAUCACCGCUGACUGCCUGAUCGCUGUGUCCACCAAGGUCGAUGCCUCAGCGGUCAAGGAGGGAACCUACAAGAUCAAGAUCGCAAACGUGCAGGGUCAAAAGUUCCCCAGUCACGAGUUCGACAUUCCAUUUGACGCCGUCGAGAUCGACGCCACCGUUCACGAGUGGACCAAUUACUUCAAGUCCGGCCUGAAGGGAGCCCUGGAGCUGCUCAGGAAGAAGCAUGGCGCCGGCUACAAGCCCAUCUCCAUGCAAAUCCUCAUGGACGGGACAGUGCCUGCUGGCGGCGGUCUGAGUUCCAGCGCCGCCUUCACGAGCACGUCUGCACUGGCCGUCAUGGUCGCAAACGGCGAGAAGAAGGUCGACAAGACCGAGCUCACGGAGCUAGCCAUCGUCUCUGAGCGCGCGGUCGGGGUCAACUCGGGCGGCAUGGACCAGUCGGCAUCAGUCUUCUCCGAGCGAGGCUCGGCACUCUACGUCUCCUUCUCGCCCAGCCUCACCGCAAGGCCGGUGCACUUCCCCAAGACAAACCCGGAGCUGUGCUUCCUGAUCGCGCAGUCCUUCGUCGUGGCCGACAAGUACGUCACGGGCCCGAUCCACUACAACCUGCGAGUGGUCGAGUGCAGUCUGGCAGCUGCCUACCUAAACGCGGCGCUCAAUCCCAAGGGAACACAGCUGCCCGCCGACGCGGCGCCGCUGGGCAUAUCGCUCAAGGGCUUCCACGACACAUACUACGCCAACCACCCAGAAAAUGCCGCCAAGCCCGUCAAGGAGCAGCUGCGCGAGCUCAUCUCGCUGACCGAGUCCACCCUGAGCCAGGCCGGGGGCUACACGCGCGAGGAGAUCGCCGAGAAGCUGGGCGUCAGCGUGGACGAGCUCAACGCGCGCUUCACGUCCAAGUUCCCCGUGCGCGCCGAGAGGUUCAAGCUGCGCCAGCGCGCGCUGCACGUCUUCCGCGAGGCCCUGCGCGUGCUGGACUUCAUGUCGCUGCUCGAGGACCCGGCCAACCACCCGGAGGGGUCCGCGGACACGACGGCCUACAACGAGAAGCUGGGCGCCAUGCUCAACGACACGCAGGACAGCUGCAGGGACGACUACGAGUGCAGCUGUGCCGAGAUCGACGACAUCUGCAGGAUCGCGCGGAGGGCCGGCAGCUACGGCAGCCGCCUGACCGGGGCCGGCUGGGGUGGGUGCAGCGUGCACCUCGUGCCGGCGGACAAGGUGGAAGCCGUGAGGGAAGCGUGGGAGAAGGAGUACUACAGCAAGAGGGAGCUAACGCCGGAGCAGAAAGAAGGGGCCGUUGUCGAGAGUCGGCCGGGUAGUGGAAGCGCGGUCUACGUCGUCGCCGACGGCACAUUGUAG